AUGAUAUUAACAGAUGGAGAAAUUUUAAAAGAAAUUGAAAAAAAGACGAUCAUUAUUGAACCGUAUGAUAGAAAGAAUUUAGGCUCCAAUUCCUAUGAUGUUCAUCUUGGUAGUAAAUUAGCAAUUUAUAAAGAUGAAAUUCUAGAUGCUAAAAAGAAUAAUGAAAUUGAAUUAUUUGAUAUACCAGAUGAAGGUUAUAUUCUUCAACCAGGUGAAUUAUAUUUAGGAGUAACAGAAGAAUAUACAGAAACACAUGAACAUGUACCAUUUUUAGAAGGUAAAAGUAGUACAGGUAGAUUGGGUAUUUCUAUUCAUGCUACUGCUGGUAAAGGUGAUGUUGGUUUUCAAGGUACUUGGACAUUGGAAAUUAAUUGUGUCAAACCUACAAGAGUAUAUAAGGGAAUGCCAAUUGGUCAAUUAAUUUAUUUCCCUGUUAAUAAGGAUACUAUUUUAGUACCUUAUUGUAAAAAAUCAAAUGCUAAAUAUAAUGCUCAAUCAAAUCAACCUGUUGGUAGUAUGAUGUGGAAAAAUAAUUUUUAA